AUGCUGGAAACCACCGGCGCCGAGACUGUCAUUGCCAGCGAUGACGACGUCAAGAGCAUCGUCGGUGGCGAUCGAGUGGUCGAUUUCGCGAGCUACCUUCGUCAAGUGCAGCCCCCGGUGCAAGUUGACGGCACGCUCGGAUUACUCUGCAUAGAAGAUGUGAUCUCUCAUGAGCGAAAGCGCACUUUGGCACGUCGUAACAUCACGUCUGCCGACAGGAGUGAAUGGCCAGAUGUCACCUUGGACGGCGCUGGUCACCCGGGCGAUCGGCACGUCUUCAUCGGCCCCACGAAAGCGAAAGUUCGACAAAUGAAGUUGAGACAGCUCAUCUUCGCCAACCCUCGAGAUCCAUCCGCAUCCUGCAAGCACUUUUCCCUGUCACCCGACGGCAACCUUCUGGCCGUAUCCUUUAGAGGCAGCGAUAUCCUCGUGUGGCGAAUAUUUGAUGGUCUACUUGUUCAACGCCUACACCAUCAGGGUCACAUGGAGCCCGUUCUCUUCCUUGAAUUUUCUCCCAACAAUCACUCCCUUGUCACGGGAUCUGAGGAUGCGACCGCGAUCAUCUGGAAUAUCCGAGAUGAUCACGCGCUUCUACGUCUACGUCUAGAAGGACAUCGUGGGGCGGUUAGGAGGGUCGUGUAUGCUCCCCAUGGCGCGCUCAUUGCCACUAUUUCUGACGGUGACGAAUCUGUGAAGAUUUGGAAUGCCUCGACUGGAGCAUGUCUGCAUUCCUUCGACGUAGAGCAGAACGUAUGGCAGGUCGCCUUCUCCCUAGAUGGUUCGCGUGUCUAUAUCAACAUUCACGACUCCUAUUUGAUCUAUGACACCCAAACUUACACGCCCAUUGCUGAAGUGCGGCAUGACAACUGCGAAAUGUCAGUAUCUCAGCAAGGCGACCGCAUAAUCACUGGAUCGAGGGAUGAUCGAGUGAAGAUUUGGAGUGCAACUACCGGCAAAAAGCUUCUCACAAUCAACUACCCGAGAAAGCUUUCAUACCCUGUAGCAUUCUCCCCAGACGGCGCUGAGGUGCUGGCGGCUUGUGACGCAGGCAAGACGGCUGUCACCUUCGACUCAUGGACAGGCCAGCUACAUCAUGUCCAUGAGCUCUCAAUGGUGUUGAAUCAUGCCUCAUACUCUGCGCACGGAGAUUACGUUGCCUUGGAAGAGAGCAGGGGGAGUCUCUGCAUUUGCGACGCGAAGUCUGGAGUGUUCCUUGCGAGGUUCGAGCAGCUUGGUGAUGAAGGUCACCGCAGGGAUGGGCCUCGAUUUGUGCUCUCCGGUCAAAACCUGGUGGUGGCUCUUGCUCGACCCAUGUCGUCUUCUCCUGGGGCUCGCUCUAUCCCGCAGGGCCUUUUGUUGAUGUACACCGCCAACUUGCGCAUGGGUGAUGACCAGGUGAAAAGCGCUCGCAGGGAGCAGAAGCCGUGCAUCUGA